AUGGCGCCCCAUCGGAUCGAGCAGGACGAAAUCGAAAAGUACUGGGAGAUUUUCAGUUCGCUGUCGCAAGGCGGCACGCACCUCGACGGCGCCCAAGCAGCUCCCGUGCUCAAGAACUCACACCUAAGGGACGACCAGCUCGAGCGCGUGUGGGACUUGGCAGAUGUCGACAAUGACGGCAAGCUGGACUUUGAGGAGUUUUGCGUGGCUAUGCGGUUGAUCUUCGAUUUGAUUAAUGGGGUGAGUUAUGUCCAGCUGACAUGGCUACCAUUCACAUACGGAGACGUCCCAAAGACACUCCCAGAUUGGCUCGUCCCCGAGUCCAAAGCCCAUCUCGUCCAAGCAACCCGCGCCCUCUCCGGCUCACAAACCGCCUUUGAGACCGUCGAAGAUGACGACGAUACACCCGGCCUCCGCGAUGGCUUUGACUGGUACAUGUCACCUUCAGACAAGUCAAAGUACGAGGAAAUAUACACGGCAAACCGCGACUCACACGGCAACAUCGACUUCGAAGCCCUCUCCGGGCUAUUCGAGAGCCUCGACAACGUCCCAGACUCCGACGUUAGGUUCGCCUGGAAUCUAGUAAACCCCAAAGCACGCGAAAGCGUCGGGAAAGACGCAUGUCUCGCAUUCCUACACAUCCUCAACCAGCGAAGCGAAGGGUACCGCGUCCCCCGCAGCGUCCCGCCCUCCCUCCGCGCGUCCUUUGAGAAAGCACACAUAGACUACGACGUUGAGCGCGCCGGCUCUUCACGGUGGGUGGCAUCGUCCAACGACGACACGACAACGGGCCGCAAAGCAAAGUUCGGCGAUGCAUACCUCACGCGCCUGGGUGUUGGUGACCGCGCAGCCAACUACGGUGCGCGCGCCAAGGGAACGGAUUUCGGCGGCCGCACAACAGAAGACUGGGAGGAAGUGCGGCUGAAGAAGCAAUUGCGCGAGCUGGAGACGAAGAUCUCGGAUGUGGAGAAGGAGGCGGAGAACAGGCGGCACGGGCGCAGCAAAGACAGCAAGCCUGCGCUGGUCAAGCGCGAGCUGGAGAUGCUGCUGGACUACAAGCGCAACACAUUACGCGAUCUGGACAACGACGAGGGAGGGGCGGUCAAGGGGCUGGGUGGGAUCAGGGAGGAUAUUGACAUUGUCAAGGAGCAGGUUGAUGGCCUGCAGAGCCAUUUGUCGAGUAGGCAGGAAGUGUUGGCAGAUCUGAGGAGGCAGAUUGAUGACGAAAAGGCUGGUUUGACCGUCCUCAGUUCAAUCUCAAUCAUCCAGAAGAAUGUUAAUCGCGUUGUUGCUGGCGACGCCAGCUCUUGCCUUGCCUUCGUUCUUCUCGUCGCAAACGACGAUGAAUAUGAAGAAUAUAUCAAGCCCUUCCUUUUCAAACUCGAGAAGCAUCGCCAAGGCUGGUCCGGCCCGCUCUCGUUUCUGACCAAAUGGCAAUCGCCCAUCCUCGAAGACCGGCUCGAAGAACUCACACCCUCCGGCGCCCGCGAUGCUGAAAAGGUUGGCAAACACCUCCUCGAACGCUACCCGGAGCUCGUGCCCAACACGACGCGCAUCCUCGCAGACAAGAAGAGCAGGACAUACGACACAGCAACAAACUUCACAAAAGCGUUUCCCCAGGACCAAGAAAUCGAGGUCGUGCGGGUGACCGAGAACAAAAACGGCAGCAUGGAAAGCCUGAUCCCGCACAAAAGCUGCGACAACUUUAACAAGAAGCCCGGCACAAAAGAACAACACAAGUUCAUCGAUGUCUACGGCUCCAGCACAUCCGCCCGCCUCGCGCGCUGGUCCCCCUUCAAACUCACCCCCAAGGACGUCGUCGGCCUCCAAUCCCUCUGCGGCUACGAAUCCGCCAUCCUCGGUGCCCGCAGCCCCAUCUGCGCCGUCUUCACCGACGCGGAAUGGAUGGCGUACGAAUACCACUGGGACCUGAAAUAUGCCUACAUGGUCGGCCCCCUCAACCCUCUAUCCCCCUACCUCGGCUUCCCCUGGCUGCAAACCCAAGCCGAGCUCUUCGCACAUAUAGAUACGCACUCGACGCCCGGUGGAUCUUGGCCCGAUCCCCAGCGCUUCUUCCUGUCCUUCACGCACCGCGAAGUCCCGCCUUUUGUUGCCACCGCGCUCGGACUAUUCAACUCCUCCUCCAGCGCGACGGAGGAGUUUCCCACUGACCACAUCAACUGGACGCGCGCGUGGCGCAUGUCCGACCUCAUCCCGUUCCUCGGGCACGUGGGCAUGGAGAAGAUGAGCUGCGAGCGGGGAGACGCGGAGGCGGGCGAGUAUGUGCGGUUCAUUGCGAAUACGGCGCCGCGGCCAAUUCCGCAGUGUCAGAGUGGGCCGGGGGCGAGUUGUCCGUUUGAAGAGUUUAAAGAAUUCAUCGGCGAGGGAGCCAAGGCGCAUGAGGAUUUCCACAAGGUGUGUGAUAAGAAGGGCAAGCAACAUGCCGAGGGUGUGGAGUUGUAG